AGGCUGUUUUGGACUAAGCGGUUUGCGCCGCAUAGUCCCCUCUAAUGUGCAAUUUUAGCCACUAGCUCCACCGACGGAGACCGGGCUGAGGAUCUUGGCGAAUACAACGAGUGCGACCUCGAUGAACUUUCAGGCAGCGAACAGUCUUACGGGAUGAAGUAUGAGCAAUACAGGGGUAAACCCGUAAUAUGCUGUCGGUACAUUCCAAAUUAGAAGAAUUGGUCACCACUGGUUAAAUUUAGAGCUCAAUGAAGAGGAAAGCUAAAACUAUGGGUGCAACUCUGAGCUCUGUCUCCAGUCGCAGUGUGCCUCCAGUGACAGCAGCCUCUGCCCCAAGUCAAUAUUUCUUCCCUUAUCCGCUGGAGAUCCUCGAGGAAAUCUUCCUGAACCUUCCUCCCCAUGAAGUGGUCUGUCUUUGCCGGUUAGUGUGCCGUCAGUGGAAAGAAGUGGCAGACAGUGAAUCUUUGUGGAGAGAAAGAUGUAGAAGAGAAAGAUAUCACCAUUGCGAUGAUUCCCGAAUACCCGACGACUGGAGACUGUUUUACUUCAUGUGCAAGAAGAGGAGAAAUCUUCUCAAAAAUCCAACUGGAGAAAAUAAAAUGAAGGGUUGGCAGAUAUUGGCGAAUGGUGGGGAUAACUGGAAAAUAGAAGGACUUAUGGUGCCACAUCCAAAUGAGAAGGUCCAGAAAAACUUUGUGACCUCUUAUCAUAUGUGCAAAAAGGCACAGAUGAUUGAUUUGGAGAAGGAAGGUUACAACCCAUCGUUUAUGGAUCAGUUCCAGCCAGACAUCAGAAUAUCUGAUUGGUAUGCACCACGAUGGGAUUGCGCCUGCGAAUAUACGAUCGCUGUGCAGCUGCUAAAUCACAAGAAGGAAGUUGUUGAGCAAUUUGCUCCUGAGACCAUUUACUUUGAGCAGUGGAAUGAUCAGCAGUGGAAUCAGAUGACCCAUGUGUUCAGGAACUACGGACCAGGAGUGAGAUACGUCCGGUUUAUCCACGGCGGGAAGGACCGCCAGUUCUGGGCGGGAUGGUAUGGAAUUCGCGUUACAGACAGCUGCGUUGAGAUUUGUCCAGCAGUGGACACGUAGCCUUUGGGGAUUUCCACUACCUUCUUCCUGCCUUUGUUUGCAAUUGCACAUUAAGAAAUUAAAUCUUGUUUGUCUUUUUCUAAUCUGCAGUCAUUUUACAUGUUGAAGCAUUGUUUCUUCAGGUGAAAAGCUUUGAUUACUGGUUGUUGUGCCAGUAAAGAAAUGUAAAUUUUCAAGAAUUUCAAAUUGUGCCUCCAGCAGAUAUAAAUAUAUAUGUAUGUUAGCAUGGCCUGUUUUGGUGUAACGAGGACUAUAAGCUGAAGUAGUACUAAAACAAUGUGACAUUUGUUGUAAUGCAUGUGAAUCUGAAAUGUUUAAUAAAAAAAAAAGAUACAUUUUGGGCCUCUUUUCAAGUAAAGUUACCUGAAGAGAUCAUUUAAAGAUAUAAUAUGUACUAUUUCCACAUUUAAAAGUCUAAACAUUACUAGACUAAUAAAUAUUUUGUUGACUUGUGUUCUGACGUUAUCCCAAAAUACCUAAUGACACACUUUUUGUUGUUCUCUUGUUUGCUUUGCUCAUUCACUAGCUGUGUGGGUAAUUGACUCAUUUCAUGUAAGCAAGUAAGUAACAUUACAUUACAUUAGGCUAUUUUAUUAGAAUAAAAUGGCAUAAGGUGAAUGUAUUCAACUAAAUAUAACAUGAAUGAGGCUUAAAUGUAUCGUGCAGACUGAGAACAUAAUAGACGUCACAACAAACUAUGUCUUUUGUUGUUUGAAGAACUUUUAGCAGCAGAAAUGGCCGUGCAUAUGAAAUAGAUAACAGAAAUGUAUUUUGUCUAAAAUGGAAAUGUUCUUGGAAAAUGCAGCCCCUUAAGUUUCACUGGACAACCAGCAGCUAAUCAGCUACCUUUAAGAGGUCACUUGGUUUGUUUAGCUCCUCUGCUAGUUCACCCAGAAAGAUGUCCGUGAUAAUUUUUGUUCUUCUGACUGUAUUCGAGGUAAUUUGUGUCGGUUAAUAUGCAAAUGUUGGAUUUGUUUUUUAAUAUUGUGGAUAUGGGUUUGUGUUUAAAUUGACUGGUCUGGAUGGUAAUAUGUGGCUAUGUUCACAUAUCCAUUGCAACUUGAAACAGAUGAUUGAAAGGUCUUACUCUGCCUUAACAUAUUUGCAAUCUAAUUGUCUUUGUGGAACAGUUUGGUAUAAUUGUAGAAGCUCUCAAGUUAGUGCUUGCUACAGAUAGUAAACUCAGUUCUCUGUGAGUCUGGACGUCCACUUUAUUCUUUAAAAUAUUUAUGGCCAUGCAGCUGAUCUUGGAUUGACGCUCUGUAAACAAACUUUAUGGGACUGUGUAGGCAAUUGUAUCGCUGUCUAUUAUAGUUUAUUACAGUGCUAUUUCUUUUUUUAUUGUUCUUAUAAUUUUUGCUCCAGAAACCACAUGCACUCUAAGUCUGUACAGCCUUCUAGUAAAGUAGGAGAAAUCUUUGAAGCAUCCUCUCGUGUAUUCUAAAUGAUGCACCACAGUGAUUACAAACUCCACCACCAGCAAUGUUCAGCAGAUCUGAAACAUCACCACAAGGUUCAUGGAUAAUUAUCUACUCAUAAAGAGCCUCCUACACAUGUUUUUGUGAUGAAGUUAGUUGCUUCUUAUCGAAGAGCCAUUAUAAUCCCUGAGACCAAAGAGCAGCUCUGCAGAACAGGCUCUUAAUUGAAUCUGGUUCUGUUGGUUCUUUAUAUUUACGGAAAAGUAGGGUGAAGGCAUAUUCAUUGAAUAUAUUUAUAUGAAGGCCUAAGUGGGUGUUGUGACCUCGUUAUUUGUGGCAAAAUCCGCAAUCAGGGCAGAACGAAUGAACCAGCUUUGGACAAGUAAAAAAGUCACUCUUAGAAAAAGGAUUCUAUCUAUUAAUGUCAUUGUAAUACAACAUUGGUGUUUGGCACACCAGCACUAAUGGAUGUAUUCUUUGCACUGCUCUGUAAGGCCCUACUUAUGAUUAUUUGUAUUGAAAAGUUUUGUGGGUGUUGCAGAACAUGUUUCUUUGUCUCAUCCUUAGAUCAUGAGUGUACAUAGGCUAAUACCUGUAUCAAUGUAACAAUCAUGUCACAACACAGCAUGUAUUUGAAUUAAGAUUUAAUCAUAAUACUGGUUUAUUGUGAAGUUUUAUUACAAGCAAAAUACAGUACAACUUUGAUGUCAAAUUGAAUAAAAACGAAAGACUCAAAGAAACA